UAGUUGCAAUCAGCUGUUUGACGCGUGUUUUUACCGUUUCAUUUUUUUCACUGAUGAUGGCUGAUGCAUAAUAAGUAUAUACUCUGGCCACUGCACGCGGGCGUAUUUUUUCCCUCAUUUAUCUGGUCUAACCCACCUAACAGAACAUCAGCGUCGCGAAAGAGAGGCUCGUCGGCCAGCGAACGAGUCAUAUAUAUAUAUAUAUAUAUAUAAUUGUGCUCAUGUAUCGAAGUGAUAAAAAAGAGACCGCGUGUUGUUGACUUGUUGCCGGCACCGAAAAACGUAUAUGAAAAGCGUUCAUCUAUAUACGUAUAAACCUCGCUCCUACGCAACGUGUAAGUCUGGAAUAAUAAACGCGGUGUCAACAGUAGAAGGAAAUCAUAAUAUAAACUGUCCCCUCACAAACUGUGGCUUUCUGUAUUUGAAUGAUUGACUUGCAGUAUAGAAGUGUAGAGUUUAUGCUGCAGUCUAGCUUUCAUCAAAAUGGCCAACUCGAAGCAAUUUCAACCACCAAGGAUGUUGUUGAGGAUAUAUUCCUUGAUAGUGCUUGCAUUGGACCUCACAACAUUACUUGUGGGAAUUUGGUUUGCGAUACUUCUCGCAAUUUACAGAACAUUUAGACCACCAUCUCUAAAAAAUGUUCACGGGGAAGUAGCAAUGGUGAUCGGUGCUGGACGAGGAGUAGGCAGGGAAAUGGCUGUGCAGCUGGCGCAACUCGGUGUAAGUGUAGCCUGUAUAGAUUUGAAUACAGAGAACUGUCAAGCGACGGCAAACAGAGCACUACAGCUAUCUGGAACAGCAAAAUCAUAUACCUGUGAUGUGACUAAUGAGAAACAAGUGGCAGCUACUGUCCAGGCCAUUAGAAUAGAGUUAGGAGAAGUGACAAUGCUGUUUCACUGUUGCGGAGUUCCAAGUCCUCGAGCUUUGGAUCAAGAUCCAGUCGAAAUCAAGAGUACAAUGGACCUGGCUAUUCUGAGUCAUUUUUGGCUCUUGGAUACAGUUCUUCCCGGAAUGCAAAGACUUAAUAAGGGUCAUAUUGUUGUCUUGUCGUCGGUAGCUGGCUUAUCUGGUGGAACAAGCCGGGGAUCGCGUAUUCCCUUGUCAACUGCUCAAUUUGCAGUGCAAGGCUUUGCACAAUCACUGCAGAGUGAACUGAGACAUGCCAAUAGCAACGUAUUAGUAACUUUAGUUCAUGUAUAUCCAUUUAUUAUCGGAGCGGAGGCUGCUAAAGACAUUCGAUUUAGAAUACCUAGCUACUUUGGUACUAUGCAAGCUAGCGAGGCUGCGAGACGGAUAUUAGAUGGAGUCAGAAGAAAUUAUGCUGAAUUUAGUGUGCCUGGAUACCUUUUGUAUUUAGGUCAUGUAUUGAGAAUACUGCCAAAGAAAGCAUCCUUUAUGUUACGAGAUUUACUAGACACUGGUGUUGACUUUGCAUGAGUCUGAAAAACAUUAGCUCCAAAAUAUAGAUGAUAAAUUUAUAGACAUUUAAUUUUGAUACUCAUACUUAUGAUAUUUUUUCGUCAUAAAUAUAUGUAAUAAAUUUCGCUUCUGCUUCAUCAAGAGAUAAGAUCAUUGUAAUACUUUUUUUUUUGUUUAUUUAAUUUACAUAAUUAUGGACCUAUAUUUAUUUAUACAGUUCAUUUAUUGUCCAUAUCGUACAAAACUUAUACACGAUGUGAUUUGAAAAUAUGGCCUUGAAAAAAAAUCGUAUACUCGUGCCCACAAACAUUAGACGGAAAUAAAUCUUGUCCUUUAAGAAGUUAAUGUGCUUGCUUACAUACUUCGCAUAAAUAGAAAACUUUUCGGAGUAAAUCAGAGAAAGUCGAGUUGAGAAUGAAAAGACAAAAAGACCAUAUUUUCAAAAAUUAAUCCAACAGCCUUUGUACUCAUAAUAAAAUAUACACAGGAAUCGUAAAAAAGGUAGUCUAUUAUUCUAAACCAGGCGGAGCAGGUUCCAAAUUUUCGAGGUCAGCUGGGUCUUGACGUUCCAUGGGGAAAUCUCCAGGAGGCGCCUGUAAAAAUUGUAUAAAAUUGUUAAAAGUGUAAAAAUUAAUAUCUUCUUUUUUUUACUCAAGUAAAGGUGAAACUUACAAUAUCAAAGUCAUCAUGCAUCAUUAUUGGUGGUUUUCCUCUGAUCACAUCCAUAAUUGAUUGGGGUAUAACAGCUUUCUAGAAAACGAAUUAUGGAAACUUAUCAGUAUGAUGCACAUGAGUAACAACAUCCAUCGAUCAAGACGUAAAUAUUACGUAGCAAAAUAUUUGUACUGAUUUAGAUUUGUACGAAGGAAAUAAAGAAUAUUAAUGCU